GGUACUAUUUGCAAGUUUUUACGCAGUGAAUAUGGUGAAGAUGGCACAAAAUUGGAUGUCACAAGAUUGGAAUCAAAUAGAAUUAUUUAAAUGAUUUAUACAAGUAUCACUUUGAUUGCUCCCAUGCGAAUUCAGAUGUAUGGCUGCUAGAUCACAAUGGAAGAAUCAGUGAAAAACGGCCCAUCUGCCAAAAAAGCCAAAGUGGAGAAAGAAGGCAAUGGAUCCGCCGAUGAAAACAGCCAUGAGAGUGGAGGGUUUGCUCUGUCUGCUGAGGAGGAAAAAAACAAUGAUUUAUUUGACCAAGAUACGGAACCCUAUGUUAUAGAAAGCUGUGAAUCCAAUGAGAAUUUAUUUGGUGGAGGAGAUGUGGGUCCAACUAACAAAGAUGCUGACAGUUCGGUCAGAGAGAGAGCAGAGACACCUGUGGUGGAGCUGGAAGAGAAGGAAGAGAGGGAUUCACCAUCCAAGGUGAAGAAGAUCGAGUCUGUUCUACAGGACGCAAAAUUGAUAACGAACAUUGUGGAUGGUAUUGAUGUGGAAAUGGUGUAUGAGAAACUGAAGUCUCGAAGAGGAAAUCCUAAUAGAGUGGACUUAGUGAUUAAUGAAGUUCUGGAGGAUGUUGAAAAGAUGAAGAAGAAAAGAGUUGGAGCAGAUUUGAAGGAAGAGGCAGCUUUUGUAGAGGAUUUAGUGAAAGUGAUUGACAAAGCCACUGCCAAUUUAUCAAAACUGCCAAUGACAGCUGGAGAAAUACAGCAGAUGUUGAAUGAACAUAAAGCCAGGGUAGACAGGGUGGAUUAUGUGGUCAGUAAGAUAUUGGUCAAGCAUUAUAAACGAUCAACCAAUCAGAAAGAAGAAUACAUAGAUGACAUGAUGAAGGUGUUGUCAAGCGUACCCACAGCUGACCCUGGGAAGAUUUAUGAGCUCAUAGAGAAAAACUGUCGCGAUACCGAUCGAGUUCAAAGAGUCAUCGAUCAUCUUCAAAAUAAUCAUGGUCCAUCAAGUUCUUUGAGAAAAGAAUCGUCCCUUCCAACAGAUCCAAAAUAUUUGGAAGAUCCCCUUUACAGGGACAUGAGAAUCGUUUGUAAAGUGUUACCUGAAAAGGAGCCAACUGAAAUAUAUGAAUUUCUGGCAGCUCAUCAUGACAAGAAAAAUCGUCUCCAAGUUGUGAUCGAGGAACUGAUGAAAUCAGGAACGGACUCACAAAGUUUUCUGGAAAGUGUAGUUGCAAAUUCACCAUCUAUUUCAGAUGUUAUGAGAAUUGGGACAAAUGGCUCCUUGCCCAAAAAUAUCCAAGAAGAGGUGGAUGAGUUGAUGGAAAUAUUCCCAGAUUGUGAUCCCAAUUAUCUGUAUGAUAAAUUAGAGGAGCACACCAAUGAUAAAGAGAGAUUAAAAAAUAUUGCCAUGGAGUUGUUUGAAUACAAAAACUACCCCAAAUUGAAAGACACUUUAGAAGAGAGGAAAAGACAGGCAAAACAUAAUCAGAUACAGCAUUUACAGUUUGAGAUGGAGUCUUUUCUAGUUAGAUUCCCCGAUCCCAUGGGCACGUUUUUAAAAGCUGACAAAGAAAUGACCCCGUCCUACAAAGAUCAUGCAAUGCAGCAGCUAAGGAGAGAGUUUAGGCAGCUCAAAAAAUCAUACAUCACAAAAGUCCUCGAAACACAUAAUUAUCAUUAUCACCUCAGCAAAAAAGAGAUUGAACAAGACAUAGUAAAUAUUACUGCAAACUCUAGGAAGCUCAGAAAGCAGCCACUCAGUGAGGAGGAGUGUCAGUUACCCAGGGAGCCUGAUGAGUUCUUCUACUACGAGAAGCUCUUCUCUGAAAAUGAGGAGGAAAUCAAAAGGUACCUGCAUGACAAGAAGCAGGUCUAUGAACUUCGUCUCCAAGAGGCCCGGGACAAUGGAGAACUCAUGGAGUGUCAGUGCUGCUUCGACGAGGAGUGUCUCUUCGAAGACAUGGCCGCCUGUCCUGAGGGACAUCUGUUCUGUAAGACCUGCAUCCGAAGAUCGUCCGAAGUCGUGAUUGGUGAAGGAAAGACUGACUUCAAAUGUCUAAAUGGAUCCUGUUCGGAGAAGUUUUCACUUGCCAUUCUACAGCACGUGCUACCAACCAAUGUCUUUUCCAUUGUGUUGAAGAAGAUGCAGGAGGAGGAGAUCAAGAUGGCGGACAUCCCAGAUUUAGUGUCCUGUCCUUUCUGUAGUUUUGCCACUAUAAUGCCGGAUCAAAACGAUAAAGUGUUCAAAUGCUUGAAUCCAGAUUGUCUGAAGGAGUCUUGCAGAUUGUGUAAAGAACCAAAUCAUGUUCCUUUGCGCUGCGAUGAAGUGGAAAAACAAGGGGAGACAGACAUGAGGACCUACAUCGAGGCGCGACUGACAGAAGCCAUGAUUCGCCGCUGUCACCGAUGUCAGAAAGCCUUCGUAAAGGAGUUCGGCUGUAACAAGAUGACCUGUACGUGUGGGGCCAGCAGUUGUUAUGUGUGCAGAGCAGAGGAUAUUGACUAUAACCACUUCGGAGAUAAGUAGGUGUUAAUAUUUAGUGUAUUAAACUAUGAAUAUAGUACAUGUUCAAGUUUAAUGAAGGUAAAGAUAAAAAGAUGUAAUUCAAUAUGCAUGUACAUGUUGUAUAUAUUCUAGCCAAACAAAUUCCAUCCAAAUUUAAUCUUUGCUAGAAUAAUCUCUGUGAGCUGCAUUUAAUUUGGUUACUAGUACUUUUUACUAAAUUUUGGAUGGAUUCUCAAAGAUAGUUUUAUGAAAUUGAAAAGCAGUUCAAUGGCUUUUUUGUAAAAAAAAAAAUUCAGCUGUAACGAGGGUGACAUGAAUAAACUGCACAAGGAAGAGAUGCUAAAGGCAGCCACCGAGGCCAGGGAUAAGUAUCUACAGGACCACCCCGAGGCAGCCGAAAUCAACCUCAAGUACGACCCCCUGCAGCACAUCGAAGAGUUUGAAGGUUUGCAAGAAGGUGGUGAUGAUGGUCAGGAUGAAGAAUAUGAUGAAGAAGAUGAUGAAGAUUAUUAGCAUCAUCAACAGUUGAUGCAGAUUUUACUCCUCAGAAUCUGUGACACAAUAUAUUGAUAUUUUAGAUCUUUAAUAUUUGAAAGGCAAUUUGAGUUGUAAUAGUAUUUAUAGUUAUCACAUGUAUUUCAUACAUGGUCAUGUUUGUUAAUGUUUUUUUCAUGCUCUUUGAAUUUUCUUCCUAGAUGUUUGAGCGGUAUUAUCAAUUUAAUUUAUUUCUUGCUGAACUAGAAAGCAAUGAGCUUUGUUAUGAUUCAUGUAUCAUACCGGUUCUUUUUAUUUUUAACUGCUGAUAUUUUGAUGACUUGUCCCUUUUUGAUUAUGCACAAAUUUUAUUUGAUUUGAAUGUGCAAUAAACCAUAUUUCUGUUUCUAUAGAAAAUAAAGGUUUUUUUUAUAUUCUAGAUAUUGGACACAUCUUGGUUCUCAUACAUGUAUUUGAAAUUCAUUUAUUGGGAAACCAGUUAUUACAUAAACCAGUACUUUUUAUUUUUACAUACAUGUUAUUGUAUAAUGUACAUGCUGUAAAGUUGUAAACUGAUGUUAAUUUUUUAUUUUAUGCCAAAGGGUAAGAAAAAUUGUUCUUUUUAUACCCACUACCAAUUCAUCCAGCCUUUACUAUCAAACCAGUUUACAGGUGAAAAUUGUCUUAUAAAUGUUUGUUUAACCCUUUAUCUUUCGUGUUUUAAGUGUUUGUUUUAAAGGUGAGUGAGUUGCACAAUCCUUGUACCUUAUGUCAUAAGCUAACAUUUGUGAUAGUACAUAUUAAGACCACCAUUUUUAUCAUCUGUCAAUAAGGAGAGAAAUGACAUCAGACAAUGAUAACAUAUCAUUUUAAUGAGUCGAAAAUCACGUGAUCAUGCAUUAUUGUACCGGUACACGUGGCUCAACACUAUGCACAUUGCAGCCAUGUAAACUGGUAUUGAUUUAUAAUGGCAAUAUAAUAGCUGUUGGAAUUUAUUAUAAAGAGAUUCUUUUGAAUCUCGCUGCUUUGUUUUUCAUGGUCAAAAGUAUCAGUUUCUUUUUUUAUCAGCAUUUUCAUGAGAUCUCAAUCAUUUUAGUUAGGCAAUUAAUAAGUUAAAGAUAUUCAGAGAAUACUGUAACACAUGCACUGUUUUCAACAUUUUUUUGUACUAGAAAAAUAAAUAUAAAUUAAUAUUAGUCUGC